CUGAACUCUCUGGCAUUCGAUUCAGUCAGUUAUCAAUCUCCGGCUAGUGCGAAAAGUACAAUCGAAAUGACCUCAGAAAGCAAGAUGGUUUUGCUCUUCCUUAUCGGAUGUCUAGUCAUGCAGACAAUCAACGCCCUGCCAUUCGAUAGAUUCAGCCGGGAGGAUGACGAACGGAACAACGAGAUCAGUGGCGAAUGGUUCAAGAAACCCAUCCUCAGGUUGGAUCGUCUUUUUGCCACCGAAGAAUCGCCGUCGGGAAGUCGUAAAGAAGUGAAAAGGCCCAGCAGAAGCGACAAGGGUGAAACGACGGAGAGCUCCAAGCACGCCCAUUCCAUGAUCACCUCCAUGCUGGGAUUCGUGAGCAGUGUCAUCAACUUUGGCAGGACCUUCAUAAGGGAUCAAUAGAAAAUAUCCUAGUCUAUCAGACAAAUAUCGAGAUUGCAUUUGCCACAUGCUGUAGGUUUAAAUAUUGUUAAAGUUUUAAAAUAAAGGAUUUGGCUUAAAACUGUUA